CUUCCGAAUCUGCAUAGAGGCGCCAAGCGGAUGAAUCAAAUAGACAAUUGUUGAUAUUGCGAUUUGUGAGUGGAUUAAAUAGAGAAGGAGCAUUGUGAAUCUGGAGCAUGGUUGGUGAUGGAGAUUCCACAAAAUAAUCUUACAGAGCAGUUGAAGAAAUUUGGGACUGUCUCUGCUACAUCCAUAAGUACAAAUACCAACAAGACAGUUAAUAAAAGCUCCAAGUUUAUUUUCAAGAAGAAGAAGCCGCCAGUACUGACAGACCUCAGUUCACAAAGUAAUGAGCCCCGGUUAAAUCCAGGGACCCUUGGCACUAACAAAAAUGUGCAUGGAAGUUUGUAUGACACUUCCUCUGACUAUGUUAAUGGUUCUAAUAGCUAUCAGUCAUUCCCUGUAAAAUGUGACAUUCAAUCUGGAAACAAAGCAGGACACCAAGCAUGGACACAUGGUAAUAAUACCUUUAAUGGUCCAGCAUCAUCCAAGUUAAGCAAUGCCACAGUAUCUAAUCCUUUCAGAACAGAAAAGCCUUUCAAAUUGGGGAAACAGAAUCUAUCAUCUGCCAAACAAGGACAGACUUCCAUUUUGCAGUUUGCAAAAUCAAAAAGUGAGAAUGAGCUGUCAGUUCCAGAUGGAAAAAAGAGGUCAACCCAAAGUUCAAUUGGUCAAGAAAAAAUCAGACCAGUGGCUUCAGUGGUUCCUAUGCCAUUAAGUCCGGGACCUAUAUGUCUUGAUGAUGAGGACGAAGAUGCCUUUGAAGCCAGUCCAAGAUCUUGGAUAUGUCCUGAUAAAAAACCUAGUGUGUCUGUCCAUAAUACUGAAACAAUUACUACACAGAACAGCGAAAGAACAUCUGUAAAUGAGAUGCAUAAUGGAACAGAGUUUUUCGAUGACUAUGACCAGAUACCAGACCAGUAUUUUAGUGAUGAAUGUGAUAUUUUAUUUGAACCAGAUUUGCAGGAUUGGAAAGACGUAAAUCAAGAUAAACCAGAUGUGACAAAGAGUAUGGAAAACUUUGCAGCCAGAAUUGAAAAUCCAACUAGAAAAAUUUCAGAAGAACCUAAAGCUGAAAAUGGUGGAUAUGAGGGCUCAGAGCUGAUGAAUGUCAUGGAUGAAAUAUGUCAAAUGAUCAGUUUAUUACCCAAAAGUAGUCUACGUAGUCUUCCAGGAAUGGAUUUUCCAAAAUUGCAACGUUUGCUAGCGAAAAGAAUUCUCCUCAAGAAAAGGAGCAGUACAACAAGUUGUGUUCUGCCUAGUGCUCAGGCGGCCUGUUCCACUCCAGUUACUACCCCAGCUUUUCACAGCAGACUGUGUACAAGUGGGACAACUCAUUCUGUACACUCAGCAGGAUCUCCUGUGACACAGUCUCCCAUAGUAUCACACAAUAACAGCAAUAAUAACCAAUACAGUGCAAAUAAACAGAACUCCUCACCAGCACCCCCUGGUGGAGAGAGUUUCUUUGAGGAGGAGUCCAGUUUUGUGAAAACGGCUGAAAAGAGAUCCAGCUUUGGUGCUACAACUAGUUUCCAGUCUGUUCAGAACUCCUUAGCAAAGGGUGAUUUCACCUAUUCAUUCACACAGGGGACAAAUCAUCAAAGCGAAAACUCAGUCAAUUCAGUCAAUUAUGGUGGUGCUAUUUUCAGUCCCCAUGUCCCAUCAACUAGCAAUAUGUCUUUGUCUCAUAUGGAUGCUUCUAAAAGUAAUCCAGUUGCAUUUGCUAGCCACAGUGGUGCAAUAUCAGGAACACAGCAAUCUUAUCAACUCACAACCAACCAGCAAGCUAACAAAGAAUUUGAUGGCCACAAUUUUCCCCACAGUAGAGAGCUGCUGAAAGUUUUCACACAAGUAUUUGGUUUGAGGAAUUUCAGGCAUAAUCAGCUACAAGCUAUCAAUGCAACCUUGUUAGGAAAAGACUGUUUCAUUCUCAUGCCAACAGGUGGAGGAAAGAGUUUAUGCUACCAGCUUCCUGCCUUACUGACACCAGGUGUCACUGUAGUCAUCUCACCUCUCAGGUCACUCAUUCAGGACCAAGUACAGAAGUUGUGCUCAUUAGAUGUGCCAGCAGCCCACCUAUCUAGUGAUGUAACUCUAGCCCAGUCUGAGAACAUAUAUCACCAGCUGUACCUCAGAGACCCCGGCCUGAAACUCCUCUAUGUUACUCCUGAAAAGAUAAGUCAGAGUGAGAAGCUGCUGUCUGUAUUUGAAAACUUAUACAGGAGGAAAAUGCUGAGUCGCUUUGUCAUUGAUGAGGCUCACUGUGUCAGUCAGUGGGGUCAUGACUUCAGGCCAGACUACAAGAAGCUGAAGCUGCUGAGGCAGAAAUACCCAGGUGUCCCCAUGCUGGCAUUAACUGCUACAGCCACCCCUAGGGUCAGGAAAGAUAUUCUCUACCAGCUGAAUAUGAAGGCACCUAAAUGGUUCACCCAAAGUUUUAACAGGACAAACCUCAAAUACUCUGUACAGCCUAAGAAAGGGAAGUCAUUGAUGAAUGAAAUGAUCAACCUAAUCAAGACAAAAUUUUCAAAGCAAUCUGGCAUUAUCUAUUGUUUAUCGCGGAAGGAGUGUGAGACAGUAUCAAGUGAGCUCCAGAAGGCAGGUAUCACAUCUCAACCCUAUCAUGCUGGUCUGACAGACUCAGAGAGGACACUAGUCCAGGAGAACUGGAUCACAGACAGCUAUAAGGUUGUCUGUGCCACUAUUGCCUUUGGUAUGGGUAUUGACAAGCCAGAUGUGAGGUUUGUGUUCCACUACUCUCUACCCAAGUCAGUGGAAGGUUACUACCAGGAGUCUGGCAGAGCAGGAAGAGAUGGCAAACUGUCCACCUGUAUCCUGUUCUAUUCCUACCAAGAUGUCAACAGAAUGAGGAGAAUGAUUGAGAUGAAUAGCGAGGGAGGUUAUGAAACCAAGAAAGUUCACCUAGAUAACCUAUACAAGAUGGUCCACUACUGUGAGAAUGUUGCAGAGUGUAGAAGGACGCUCCAGCUCAAUUACUUUGGGGAGAACUUUGACAGAAGUCAGUGCACUGCCAUGCCAGGGGCUAUGUGUGACAACUGUGCAUCCAGGGAGCUGUUUGUGAAGGAAGAUGUCACAGAAGAUGCCAAGGCUAUAGUUCAGGGUGUGAAAGAAGUUACUGGGAAAGGUGGAAGAUUCAACAACUUUACUCUGCUUCACUUCAUCGAGAUUUUUAGAGGGUCAAAGAAUGCCAAAGUGGAAAAAGAAGGUCACCACAGGUUGAAGUUACAUGGCCGUGGUUCCAAGUACUCCCGCCUGGAUGCAGAGAGGCUGUUCAGAAAGCUGGUGAUCGAGGGCAUAUUGAAAGAGGAUCUCAUGAUAACCAACAUGGACCAUACUGUGGCCUAUCUGAAGCUGGGAGCUAGAGCCAGUGAGCUCAUCAUGGGGAAAAUAAAGGUUGAACUAGAAAUCCAGCAAGGAAAAACUAAAGUCAACACUGACGUUGAGGUUGAUGACCAGCAGUCUGCACUGACCACUGAGUGCUAUAAGGAGCUGGUUUGUUUGGCCAGGGAUAUAGAAGGGUCAAAGAAUGCCAAAGUGGAGAAAGAAGGUCACCACAGGUUGAAGUUACAUGGCCGUGGCUCCAAGUACUCCCGCCUGGAUGCAGAGAGGCUGUUCAGAAAGCUGGUGAUAGAGGGCAUAUUGAAAGAGGAUCUCAUGAUAACCAACAUGGACCAUACUGUGGCUUAUCUGAAGUUGGGAGCAAGAGCCAGUGAGCUGAUCAUGGGGAAAAUUAAGGUUGAACUAGAAAUCCAGCAAGGAAAAACUAAAGUCAACACUGACGUUGAGGUGGAUGACCAACAGUCUGCACUGACCACUGAGUGCUAUAAGGAGCUGGUUUGUUUGGCCAGGGAUAUAGCCAAGUCCCAUAAUAUAGGCAGCUACACUUCUUUUGUGUCCAGUAUGGCCUUACAGAAGAUGGCCGAGCUGACCCCAGCCACUCCCCUAGAGAUGCAGAGUGUGGAAGGAUUCCCAGCACAGAUCUACCAGAAAUAUAAUGGAGAGAAGUUCCUGGCUGUUACUAGCAAGUACAGGCAGCAGAGAGACAGCUUGGUCAUCACAGAAUUUGAGGAGGAACCUGAAAGUUCUAGUACUGGCAGACAGGCAAGAGGCACUAAAAGAAAGGGUAAACGAAAUUUCAAUGCCAAGUCCAAGAGAUUCAAAGCAGCAAAUAAGUCAACAAAAACCAAUACAGGGGGUUCAUUUAAUCAGUUCUCCUAUAAUAAGAGUAAAUCUGGAGGGGGAAACAGAGCAGGGCAGAACAAGGCAAAGAAAGCUGGCACAGGAAGAAAACUUGGGAUGAUGCCUGACCCGACUCCAGGUCAGUGGAAAAGCACUGAUAACUUUUAUUGACUUUUAUGACUUAUAAUUGUGACUCAGAACUUUUUUCACCAUUAUAUCAAAACAAACGAAGAGCAGGGUCUGCGUUUGAAAACAAUUUUCAGAAGUGAAUAAACUUUUAGUUUUAUAGUGGGCAUGUAAAGAAUAUAAGGAAAAAGUUGUUACAAAAGUGUAGUUACAAAAUGGUUGAGGAUACUGAGGAUCCGAUGCAAAAGGUAAUUUUAUUUUUAUUUUGCAUAUUUGAAAGGAUUGCUACAAGUGGUAAGCAGAUUCUUACUCACACCUAUUAUUUUAAAGAUAUCUGUCUGCUUUAUUUGAUUUUUAUUUACCAAAUUUUGUCACAAUAUUUCUGUCUGUUAUUUAUAUUGUAUGUUAUGUUUUUAGUCACUUUAUUUUCUCUUAGAAUUUUAGAAAUGAAUA